AUGGGGCAGCAGGUGGGCCGCGUCGGGGAGGCGCCGGGGCUCCAGCAGCCGCAGCCCCGCGGGAGCCGCGGGAGCAGCGCCGCCAGGCCGGCCGGGCGCAGGCGGGACCCGGCGGGGCGCACGGAGGAGGCCGGCUUUAAUAUCUUCACCCAGCAUGAAGCGCUGCACCGUCCCUAUGGCUGUGAAGUUGAGUCCCAGGCACUGAACGAAGCCAUCAGGUGGAGCUCCAAGGAGAAUUUGCUUGGAGCCACUGAGAGUGACCCCAAUCUCUUUGUUGCACUUUAUGAUUUUGUUGCAAGUGGUGACAACACACUCAGCAUCACCAAAGGUGAGAAGCUUCGAGUCCUAGGUUACAACCAGAAUGGUGAGUGGAGUGAGGUACGCUCUAAGAAUGGGCAGGGGUGGGUGCCAAGCAACUAUAUCACCCCAGUGAACAGCCUGGAGAAGCAUUCCUGGUACCAUGGGCCAGUGUCCCGAAGUGCAGCAGAAUAUCUGCUUAGCAGCCUUAUCAACGGCAGCUUCCUUGUGCGGGAAAGUGAGAGCAGCCCAGGGCAAUUAUCCAUCUCGCUUAGGUACGAGGGACGUGUAUACCACUACAGGAUCAAUACCACCACAGAUGGAAAGGUGUAUGUGACAGCAGAAAGCCGAUUCAGCACUUUGGCAGAACUUGUUCAUCAUCACUCCACAGUGGCUGAUGGGCUGGUGACGACCUUGCACUACCCAGCACCAAAGUGCAAUAAGCCUACGGUCUAUGGAGUGUCCCCCAUCCACGACAAGUGGGAAAUGGAGCGAACUGAUAUCACCAUGAAGCACAAACUCGGGGGUGGCCAAUAUGGUGAGGUAUAUGUUGGCGUCUGGAAGAAAUACAGUCUUACUGUUGCUGUGAAAACGCUAAAGGAAGACACCAUGGAGGUGGAAGAAUUCCUUAAAGAAGCUGCUGUGAUGAAAGAAAUCAAGCAUCCUAACCUAGUACAGCUACUGGGGGUGUGUACCUUGGAGCCACCUUUUUAUAUAGUGACUGAAUACAUGCCGUAUGGAAACCUACUUGACUACUUGAGGGAGUGCAACCGAGAAGAGGUGAGCGCCGUGGUGCUGCUCUACAUGGCCACACAGAUCUCCUCGGCCAUGGAAUACUUGGAGAAAAAAAAUUUCAUCCAUCGAGAUUUAGCAGCUCGGAAUUGCUUAGUGGGAGAGAAUCAUGUGGUCAAGGUUGCUGAUUUUGGCUUAAGUAGAUUAAUGACUGGAGACACCUAUACUGCUCAUGCUGGAGCGAAAUUCCCUAUCAAAUGGACAGCACCAGAAAGCCUGGCCUAUAAUACUUUCUCAAUUAAAUCUGAUGUCUGGGCCUUUGGGGUGCUGUUAUGGGAAAUUGCAACCUAUGGGAUGUCACCAUAUCCGGGUAUCGACCUGUCUCAGGUCUAUGAUUUGUUGGAGAAGGGAUAUCGAAUGGAGCAGCCUGAAGGGUGUCCACCGAAAGUCUAUGAACUUAUGAGGGCAUGCUGGAAGUGGAGUCCUUCUGACAGGCCAUCUUUUGCUGAGACACAUCAAGCUUUUGAAACUAUGUUCCAUGACUCCAGCAUAUCUGAAGAGGUAGCUGAGGAGCUUGGGAGAACAGCUUCCUCUUCAUCCAUCGUACCAUACCUGCCUCGAUUACCCUUACUUCCUUCCAAGACCAGGACCCUGAAGAAGCAGGCAGAGAACAAGGAGAACAUAGAUGGGACCCAGGAUUCUGCGGAGCCCUCUGCCUCUAGCUCGGCACCAGGGUUUAUUAGAAGCACACAGCCUCCUAGUGGGUCCCCAGCACUGCCUCGCAAACAGAGAGACAAGUCACCUAGUAGCCUCUUGGAAGAUGCCAAAGAGACAACUUUUACUAGGGACAGAAAGGGAGGCUUCUUCAGCUCCUUCAUGAAGAAGAGAAAUGCUCCAACACCUCCCAAACGCAGCAGCUCCUUUCGUGAAAUGGAAAAUCAGCCUCACAAGAAAUAUGAGCUCACGGGUAACUUCUCAUCUGUUGCUGCCCUGCAGCACACUGAUGGGUUUUCUUUUACUCCUGCCCAACAAGAGGUGAAUCUGGUUCCCCCUAAGUGUUCUGGGGGGAGCUUUGUCCAGAGGAACUUUUGUAGUGAGGAUGGCGGUGGUGAUGGCGGCAGUGGUGAUGGCGGUCCUGGUGGUGGUGGAGGAGGAGGAGGAGGGGGGAGUGGAACCACUGGUGGUGGGUGGUCAGGCAUCACUGGCUUCUUUACACCACGCUUAAUCAAAAAGACAUUGGGCUUGCGAGCAGGUAAACCCACUGCUGGUGACGAAGCUUCCAAGCCUUUUCCAAGGUCAAACUCUACAUCUUCCAUGUCCUCAGGGCUUCCAGAGCAGGAUAGGAUGUCAAUGACCCUUCCCAGGAACUGCCAGAGGUCCAAAAUCCAACUGGAAAGGACAGUGUCCACCUCUUCUCAGCCAGAGGAGAGCACGGGUAGGUCAAGUGACCUGAUUCCCAAAAAGUUAGAGGAUGGCACUGCCCUGUCCAGAGAGAGACCAAAAGCCAAACUUUUACCCAGAGGCACCACAGCUCUUCCUCUCCGAACCCCGUCAGGGGAUGCAGCUGUUCUAGAUAAGGACUCAGCAGGGUCAGGGGCCACCUCUGUCCCUAAGAGCAAAGAGAAGAAUGGUGCAGCCCGGCUCGGGAUGGCAGGACUCCCAGAGGACGGAGAAAGGCCAGGGUGGUCGUCUCCAGCCAAGGCUGCACCAGUGCUUCCAACCACUCACAACCACAAAGUGCCAGUUCUCAUUUCGCCCACUCUGAAGCAUGCUCCAGCUGAUGUCCAGCUCAUUGGCACAGACUCUCAGGGGAAUAAAUUCAAGCUCCUAUCUGAGCAUCAGGUCCCGUCUUCUGCCGAUAAGGACCGACCACGACGGGUAAAACCAAAGUGUGCUCCACCUCCACCCCCAGUGAUGAGGCUUUUACAGCACCCACCUACAUGCCCAGACCUCACGGAAGAGCAGAAUACCCCUGUUGGAGGGCAGCCUGGACCAGAAGUGCAUGAAGGUGGAAAAAAGGCAGCAGCAGUGACAGCACCUGUCAGUGCAAAAGCUGGGAGGCCGGUGAUGCCUCCACCUCAAGUGCCUCUGUCCACGUGUUCCACAUCACCUGCAAAAAUGGCCAAUGGCACUGCAGGCACCAAAGUGGCACUGAGAAAGACCAAGCAGGCUGCUGAAAAAAUCUCAGCGGACAAAAUCAGCAAAGAAGCCCUGCUAGAAUGUGCUGACCUGCUGUCCAGUGCCAUUACGGAACCCAUGCCCAACAGCCAGUUGGUAGACACUGGACACCAGCUGCUGGAUUAUUGCUCAGGCUACGUGGAUUGCAUCCCACAGACUCGCAACAAGUUUGCUUUCCGGGAAGCUGUGAGCAAACUGGAACUCAGCCUGCAGGAGCUGCAGGUGUCCUCAGCCGCUGCUAGCCUGCCCGGAACAAAUCCUGUCCUUAAUAACUUACUGUCGUGCGUCCAAGAAAUCAGUGAUGUGGUGCAGAGGUAGCUACUGCCAACCUGGCUGGAAGACACGCUUUCUGUUGAUCGGGACGGGGAAAGGGACUCGUUUUUUCCUGUGUUCUUGCUUUCAAAAAUGAAAGACUGAUACUUGAGUGAGUUCAUGUGAAGUACCUCAGAUCACUGAGUUCUCACGUUUACAGGUUCAUCUCAGAAGUUACAAACAUACACAAAGUGCAGGGGAGGGGAAGGAGGUAAGGUGGUGACGACAGGCAGGGUUUAGAAGCUGAAGAGGUGGCCUGUCGGGAAUUACCCUCAUUGGAAAAUCAGGUAAUACGUGUGUGCUGCGCCGGAAAGAGAAGUCAGACCCGCUUCCCCUGGUGUUGGGAGGGCUUGUCCAUCCUGGGCGGGGACAGGUCUCAUCUCAGUAAGGGGGCAGGGAACUUCCCCUGAAGGCCCUCAACACUGGAGUGGCUGUGAGGCUCACACUCUUUGCACUGGACGAAGGGUUUUAUCCUCUGCAAGUUGUCUCUUUGGACACGUAGUGGUGACCAUUCUGGCACUGACCCUAAGGUGACAUUGAUUGGGUCAGGAAAAGAGGGAGAUGCCCCGAGAGUGGCUGCUAGCGUUGUCUCCACGGUGUCAUUGCUGCUGUCUCACAACUGCAGAACAAUUUUAGGACCUCCGCCCUCUCUGCGCCUCCAUCGUGUUUCUGUUGUUUCCAAGCGAGCUGUGCUGGCCGGUCUAACCAGGAUCCCUUUGUCUGGCCCAGGUGCUAGCUGGCAUUCACUGAUGCUUCAGAGCUGCCGCCCUGCUGGUCAGUGUCAGCAAGCUGUGGGCAUCAUUAUGAUUAACAGACAGUGGUUUCCUCCAGGCCCUUGCUGGGCAAGAUGCCCUCUGUGUUCUUUAUUAGCAUUCGGAAUAUUAACACAAUAACACAAUAACUGGGCAUGUCAGUUGUCAGGCUGCGGGCUUCCAGAGGACUCCUUUUCUCUGCUGCAAGUAUCACCAUGAUGUUCACACACAUACAUAUGCACGCGUGUGCACGUGUGCGCACGCACACACACACAUUUUUGGCUCAGGUGGAUAGGGUACCUGAGAUGUUUUUUGGAUUCUUCAACUUCCUAAUGUACUGUUGGGGAGGGAAUAUGUUCAGGAGUUUGACACAUUUUCCUAAAAGCUUGCUGUAGUAAUAAUAGCUAAAGUUCAGUUAGUUCUUUGAAGUUUUACAAGGGGCUUUAAACAAAAUGUCGGGCCCAUACAUGGGGUUUGUAGCUCCCUCUCUGAAGCUUAUCUAGAAGAUCAGAUAAUUUUGGAAAUCACUGUUGGAUUCUGAUUUUUCCCCCAACUCUCCGCUAGAUUGUCUUUCAUAGGGCACUCAAUGGUCACUGCCUCUCAGGGCCAGUGUGCCAGCCUUGGUGAGUGGAGGGUGCCUUCCCAUCCAUGAGCUUUUACUUUCUUGGGACCUUCUAGAUUGAUAAACCCCUCGGGGAUCUAGUCAACAUCACCAGAGCCAGUUCUCACACGUGCUGCUAUAGCAUCUGCCUCUCAUGUUUGUCCUGAUUGAUGGAGCUGUUUUGUUUGUAAGAAUCAGAUUGAAAAUGUUUGUCUUACCAUGGCAUCUUACCCCACUUGAGGGCAUCCAGAACUUCAGGGAACAGUUCUUUGCAGGAAAAUAUUACUUAGACCCAGGGAAUUUUGGUUGGAAUUAGAACUUAGUAUUCUGCUCUAGAAAAGAAGAUGGCAUUUUCAUUUUCGUCUCAGAUCUAAGUAGGGAAGCUUAUUAGGAUUCAACAGAUAUGAAUCAGAGGGAUGAAGUGUUAUUAAUUCUGUAAACAGAACACCAUUACCUUUCUGCUACAGGCUCCGUCCAAAUCUGUUGGAAUCCCAUUAGGAACAGAACACCCAUUUUGCAACUUUUUUCCCUCCAGUGGAACAUCACCUUAGCUUUAUAAGAUUGGAGUCAAAUGUUCAAUACUGAGUUUUCUUUCCAUCACUAUUUAGCUGUCCCAGGCUUAUUUUUUCAUCUUUUAAUUGAAUAUAAUACUUGUUUUUUAGGGGAUUAUUAAAAUUGUGGAGCUAUCCCUUGAACUUCUCUGUUAAAAGACCUUUAGUGCACAGUGCUUUCUUGGAUGGUUUUUCUUUCUUUUCAUGCUUCAAUACCAGCUGUUAAUGAAAUUUAGAACUGUGCUGAGCCCUAUGAAUAAUGCUAGAGCUGUAAUGGGCCACAGUAUUUUGGUUGGAGGUUUAGGUCUUUGACCAGGGGAAGACAGUGAUGUUUUUAAUUAGAAGGAAAGCAAACUGGGUUAUUUAAUCAUCAUCAGAAAGAGGCAAGGUAUAAAGGAAACUUGAGAGGAAGAAAAAAAGCAUCCUAUUUUUUCUUUCAGAUGUUUCUGUAUUAUCUUUCUUCACAGUACCUGCCAGUAUAGUACAUGCAGUAUGUAGCCAAGUUAAUUUAACUUUUUCCUCCUUGGGGUCCACACCUUACAUCAAAUAUGGUAAAGAACAAAUCCCAUGAGGGUUGCAUUCUUCCUUUAGGAAAAGGAGGCAAAAAUGUUUGAUCCGUGUCACUUAAUCCCAGUUGCCUCAACGAAAAAAAAAAAAAGUUGUUUCCUGAAUUAAGCUUUUUCCUAACACUGGAGGUGUUUCAGUUCUUCCUUACCAAACUCUACGGUCAUCCUUGAUCAGUGAUGACUUGUGGUAAAUAGGGCCAGGUUCACUCUGGUCUGUUAUGCACUCCAGUACAUAAUAAUAUGUCCUACUGCCCUUCCCCAGGAGUUUGAAAACAAGCCCAUGAUUGUGUUUGGGAGUACUGAAGUGAGACUAAUUACAAAGGUCUUCCUUUGCUCCUGUUGGUGAAUUCUAACCAAGACUGUCAGUGUUUUCUUGUUUGUUUGUUUUAGGAUGAGAAAACAAAUUAGAAUUUAGGAAUUGAUUAUGCCACUUUUCAAGUUUUCCCCAGAACAAGAGUGUGAAGUUAGGGCAGUGUAAUUGUUCCUUUAAAGAAUGCUCUUCUUUAGCAGAAUCUUCUUCCAUAAAAGUGCUGAAAACAAGACUUGGAGAAAGACGCACUGCUCUCUUUAAGAGUCCUCGUUUUCCACUGAUGGCUAGUCACACAUUGACUAGACACUGCCUAGACUAGCAAUGACCUUGGCAGCAUGGGCCAACCUAUCCACCCUCCUUCCAGGGGGACUCUUGGAGACCUCAGCCGUGCACUUUCAGGACUCUAGUCAGUUUUGGGCUCUAGUCAGACACUGUCAAUUUGUUCUACAAAUAGAACUUAGUUUUUUUGGUGUUUUUGGUUUUUUUCCCAAAGCAAGUAAUUUUGGAUUCAGAACCAUAUAACACUGUUCGUGGAGAGCUCUAAGAGCCAAUGACUAAAACUAUAGUUUGAUUUCUUCAUCUAGUCUAAGGAAAAGGCAAGGGGAAAAAACACAACUAAUAAAUGGCACUGAAAUUGUUUCUUGAAGGGUCAGUUAUGUUUUUUUUUUAAUUAGUCAUAUAAGCUGCCACUGCUUGAGUUCAUUCAUGUACAGGCUCACACAUGAUAUGGAUGUUGUGGAUUCCUGUUAUAUAAUUCCUGAACUGUAUUUCCCAUCAGAAACAAUAUUGAUCUGUCCACUACAGUUUGCCUCACUUUAUACAAUAGAUGUCUUCAUUAAAGGUAAAAUUAAAACUUGUUUACUGAAUUCUAUUUUCCCACUAACUUCCAUUAUAAUUUUCAGAGAUAUGUGCUUAUGGGAAGAAAAAAACAUUUUUGAAUAUUGGUCCAAAUAUAGGCCACUCUUUUCUUUCUACCCUUCAACUCUUGGAAGAAAAAUUAUGGCUUUUAUAAAACCUAUAUGUGAGCUGUAACUAGGCUUUUAGUACCAUGGACAGCUUAAGUCUCAUUGGUCUUCCAGAACAAUCUAUAGCAACAGCUUCCCCAUUGGCUUAAACACACAUUAAUGGGGUUCAUGCCAGUUGUACCUAUCUACAGCAUAAGUAGCAACUGAAAGUAAUAUUACUCCCUUACCAUGCAACCCUGUCCUGAAUCCCUUGAGAUAUGUCUUACUACAAAGUCUAGCUACUGUUCCUCCCUUUCCUUUUUCACCCAGGGCCAGAAGGGACUAGUCAGGGUGGAUGAUGAAAGAGGACUGUCUCAGUGUGUCUUAACCAAAGAGAUUGCUUUUUGUCCCAAGCCUCUGACUCCAUGGAGCAUAAUGUUAGAGAGUAGAAAAGUAGCAGAAAAGGGAGUCCUCCCCAGCUUUGCAGCUGGCUUAGGGGUUGACAUGGAUAGAAUCAAAGAAGAAGGCUAUCAGUGGGGAGGAGAGAAGAAGAGUGACCAUCUGUGGUAACCUACCACACUUGAAAAAGUCCCACUUCCCGUGGUUAUUUGCCAUUCUAAAUUAAGUCUCACAUUUUUGUGUGGCAAAAUCUUAUUUGCUUUUAAGGGAAAAAAACAAAAUAAGUUUCUCCCAAAUAGGUUGGUGAUUUUUAGUAUGGCAAUUUUAAAUAAUUAAUAUAAUGUAUACUUGUGUAUUUUGCUUUUAAAAUUUUACUUUUUUGGGUAUGACGUUUAUAUCAGUAUGGCAAUCAGAUUCACACUUAAUUCUAUUUACUUUAAGGAACAUUCUGUCUUUUGGUAAAGCACAUACUGUAUGUGUUUAGUUAAUCAUAGCCUCUUAGAACCGCCAAGGUUCUUACAGAUCAUCUCAUCCAACCCCUCUCAUUUUUCAGAUGAGACACACAGCUUAAUUACUGUCUUAUGAUUGUACAGUGAGUUAGUGGCAUAUCUAGGUCUAAAACCCAGUUCUCCUGAUUCCUCAUCCAUUGCUUUUUUCCCCACACACACACUAGAAUGCCUUACAUAAAAUUUUGCAAUAAUAACUCCCAUUUAUAUAGCGCUUUAAGGUUUGUAUAGCACUUUUCCUCAUAACUCUGUGAGGUAGCUAGAGCAAGUUAUGACUCCCCCGCCCCCCUUUUACAGAUGUGGAAGCUGAGGUUCUGAGAGGUUAACUAACUUGCCCCUGGUUGCACAGUUAAGUGGCUGAGUCUCCGACUCCAACCCGAGUGUUUUUUCCAUUAUACUAUGCAAGAAAGGUUAUUCAAGUAGACAGUCCAUGAGGUCUACAGUAAUACUAUAAAACACUACCAAAGUCCAUUUUAUUGGGAGUUCUCAUUGACUAAAUCGGAUUCAAAUGUUUAAAUAAGUCACAUUGUUUAAGUUAUUGCCCUAAAUGUUAAACAGAACUCACUAAUUUUAAAUAUUCAGGUUCAAAAGUCAUGCAAGGAUGCUUCCCCCUCACCCUCUUACCCACACCCAACAGAGCUCAGGCAUUAUUUGCAAAUAAUAAUUUUCAUGUUCAUAGUAAAGUGCUCUCUUUGGGGAGGUGGGAGGCGGGAAUCUGGAAAAUAUCCUUAUCUGGAGAAGUACAGAUUGGAAACAAUCACUUCCCUAAUUAAUUGAAUAAAUUUGAAACUGAUCAGUGAAUAUGUGCAGAAUGAGAUUGGCCUUAACUCCAGCUGUAAGCUAAGGCUGUCCAAACUUGAAAAACUUGGGGCUAACUUUUCUGUUAAAAUGUUACAGCAAUUCAGAAAGCAACAGUUCAUGUUUUCCUAUUGCUGAAUAGAGAAACUCUUCUCUGGGCCUUGUUUUGAUGAAAUGAGGUGCUGUCACUCUUGAACAGCUAUCUUACACAAACUGAGAAUGUUUAGUUAUCUAAGUGUGGUAAUAAGAAAUUUGAUACAAGUUGAUGUUGACCAAGUCCGUUUAAAACUGUGCCCUGCAUUAUUUUUGUUUCUGAGGAUGGUCAUUCUCUUUAUUUGGGGGAGGGGGGGACUGGGAGUACCUUUUCCUUGUAUUUCAGUGUCUGGAGUACAAGUCAUCACUAAACAAACUGUUGAGAAAUGCUUCUUGAGGAAUUUCUUCCCAGUAUUCCAUACAGUUUAUAAAUUUGCCAUUUAUCAGCUAUCAUUUUUCAGUGUAGUUGAACACAGUUCUUUGCUUCUUUGAUCCUAAAACACCUAAGAGUAAAUUCUAGUGGCUGUAAUUUUGAGUCAUAAUCCUACAUCCUAAAAUCUGCAGUUAAGAACCUGAAGUCUUCUAUCUCCCUUCCAUUUUUAUUAACUCAUUAGUGUGCCUCCAAGUAACUAAUUAUGGAGCUGGCUCAGAAUGAGUUUACAGGGUUAUCUCUUCUUUGGAUUAUUAUUAUUAUUAUGCUUUUGCUAUUUUGUCACUAUAUAUCCCUUUGUUACAUUCAGAUUUAGACUUUAUAUACUAGACUUCUGAAUAAGAAUGGCUUAGAGGUAAAAGAUACAGCACCGUGGCAGAAGCUGGCCUUUCACACAUCAUAGCAUCUUUCCCCCCUUUUGGAAGUACAGAUUUAGGUUUCCUUUAGUAAAUGUUGGGUUUUUUAACCAGCUGCACAUGCUUCCUAACAAUUUCUGUGAUUACAUCUGAGCUAGUUACAAACUGUUAUAACCAUAUGAAAUGCCUAGCCCAUUGGAAGAUUAGGAUAUCAUUGAAAAUGCUUGUUUCCAUUUGAAAAUAAAAUGAGAAGUAGAAAUUUCUUGAGAAGAGAGCCCACAGCCUUCUGAGAACCGUUCUGUACUAAGUGGUAUUAGUAUUGGUUGUAAAGUUCCAACCUAAGUGGACAGUACCUCACUAGUCAAAAAGGAGGUGUGGUCUAGGUCUGAGCUCUUUUCCACUUGGCAGUUAUCUGGGGCUCACUUUAUACCAUACAUGGAAGGAGGCUUUGGUUUUUAAAUGUGCCAGCAUAAAACAGUGCAGGGUUUUCAGUUCACUUCAGCGUUUUAAUGAGGCCGUUGUUCUCUGCAGCCCCAGCUGCUGGUCCUGUUCUGUUGGAGCACAAAUCACCUCAAUUCACCUGUUCCUUGAAUGCUUUCUUCCUGGAUGGGAACACCUGGAGAAUUGUAAUACUAGGAAAAGUCUUAACCCUAUCCUGUUCCUCCCCAGAGCCUCCAGCAAGGGUUUCCCUAAUCUGGGGUAGUUUAGGAAGGUACUAUUAAUGAAUCCUGGUGCAGGAGGAGAUUUCCCCGACAGUGCUAAUAGGCUUUGAUGCCUCCUGUGCUGUGUAACACUCGAAAGUAUUGUGUACUCCACCAGACUGACAUGCCAGUAUGACAUUUAUUUCACAACAUAGUCUAUUCCCAAGGUGUUUUUCUUGGGUGCCAAUGAAAGAUAGUUUAUAAAAGUCCUUUAUAAUUAUAAGGUGUGAGGGGGGAGAAUAGAUCUUAUGCCCCUCCAAAGAAAAGGAAGACUACAUCAAGAUAUAGUAAAGUUAGGUUGGUAACAUGGCUAAAACAUCUCCAUAAAACCAAGUCCGUGAGAACGGACAUUCUGUUGUGUUGGAUCUCAUAGAAAAAAUUCUGGCUGCCAGCUUGAUUUUUUGCACUAUUGUUGAGCCUGUGCAAUAGAGCUCUUCGUGUUACAAGUGUGUUCUCUUCACACUAAUUUGUUGGCUGGGGCAGAAGAGUAUGUUACAGCUCAUCCGUUCCUUCCCUUACCAGCUCACUGGUUUCUUUACACCUAAGUUCACUUGUGUAUUUGAAAUUGUUAAAAGCCUUUCCUAUAAGAUGCAUGUCAUUAAAAGAAAGACCACUCCCAUGCUUAGAAACUCCACGAUAGUGAUAUGGUCCCAGUUAAUUAGUCCAAAAGGGACUGAUAUAUCACAGAUGCUUUUCAAAACCAGUAAGAGCACAAUCCUGUUUUGAGUCGUAGAGAAGCUUGUUCGAGUGUUUUCUUGGACACCUCUGGUUUUGGGUUAUCCUGUUAUGUGCCCUCUCUAGGAAAGACUCCCUUAUCUUUCAUCGGUGUAUAUUAAUGCACACUCCAUGUUGUUUCAUUCCAAAAGUUAUCCUAUAAAAAUCAGUAUAGGAAAUUAAGCUGUGCCACACAGAUUUUGAGGUCUCUGAGUUCACUGAUUUUUAAAUACUUCAUAAGGAAGAGCAAAAGAAGUAAGCUUCUAAGAGCUGUCUGACUUUUUAAAAAGAGUAAGGUACUGUUCUGUAAAUUCUAUAAAUCUGCUAAAUUCUCCCUUGUACUUGAUCCUUCAGCGUGAUAUACAUAAACCAUGUAAAUACAUACAGUAAACUCUGGUAUCUGGUGUGAUUGGGGUAUUCUGGUCAUAGUGUCUAUAUUUCUAAUACAUUGUUAGAAUUUUCAGAAGUAUCAAAAUCAAACAGAUAACAGACUACACUGAAAAUAAUUUAAUUGAUGAUUCAGAAGGCACUUCAGGUACUUGCCUUUGAGUCAUAGAUAGCAGUGCCUCAAGGUCGUCAUUGUAAACACUACUUAUCAUUGUACUGUAGAUGCACCUAAGUAGCAGUCACUACAUUUCUGGUUAAUAGAAUGCUAGAUAAACAAGUUUUUACAGUGUCCUGUUGGGUCAUCACAAUCUGUUGGUCAGUACUCCAAAAAAGGAGCUAAUAUGCUGUAAGGAUUACCUUGAGAAAUAUGGAUUUUUCAGCAGCUGGAACAAGGCGUGGGAAGCAUAAGCAUUGAUUUUUAAAUGAUGGUUUUAUUAUUAAAGAAGCAUCUACCGAGACCCUUGUCUCACAUCUUCUAGGGGCUGGUGUAUGUGUUUGCCAUUGCUGUACAUGUGAAGAAGGUAGAGAAACAACAUCAUAAGAUUUUACUGUUAUCUCCCGUAUUGUACAAAGGAGGAAACUAAGAGACAGAAAGGAUCGGAGUACAGGCAGCUAACAAGCCAGUUUCUCUUUUGUGAACACAAUCAGAGCAGAUGCCAUCCUGCAGCAUUUGCCAUGAGCCACCCAGCCAGAUGCUUAAAGCAUGCUCAGAAACCUCCUGUCUCCUAUUGUGGAUCCUAUAUUUUCUCUCCUUCUGCAGCUGGAUUCUUUUCCCUUGGUUGACAUUGGAGAAAAGCCCUGUCUUAACUGAUGCCCACUGGAUAAAAAUGAGGUAGUGCAACCCCUUGGGAGUGGGGGGGUUCUAUAUAAUGAAACACUUUUUUUUUUUUUCAGUUUAUAAAAUGAAAUAUUUAUACCAAAGGUCACACUUCCCAGCUGUAUGUGUUGUGCACAAAGAGCAAUGAUUCAGAUCAUUUCAGCACAGUUUGUAUUACUAGUGAAUACAAUGGAGAAAAUAUUGGAUUAAACUGAAAACACGUUAAUCACAGAUUACACUACCAGUGUUGUCAAUUGUUUGUUUUUUAAUGUUAUUGUAAUAUAUUUUGUUUUUCUAAUUUAAUUCUCUCACUCUGUUGUCUGACUGUGAACUGCUAACAGUGUUAAACUUGAUGUAAAUAAACAAGGCCCUUGGAGUGGGUCUUCUUUCUGCCUGUUGUUCCACAAGGUUUUGCCAAUUUGCAUUUUGUUUUAAAUAAAGGUUGCAAUAUUUUAUUGGCAAAAUGUUUUGUGUGCUGUGUUUCCAUGGAAGCUGGUAAGCAUACAAACAAGACGAAGGGUCAAUCAAGGUGUAACUAUAAAGUAUUGACUUUUUUUUCCCCAACAUUACACACAUUUCUCUGCAGUGUUGGCAAAUAUUUGUCCUUUGAGGGUAGGUCUUAUUUUUUUGUUUUUGUUUUUAGGCAAUUGGGGUUUAAGUGACUCGCUCAGGGUCACACAGC